GAUGUCAUCUUUCUGGGAAAAUAACAAGGGUUCAAUUAAAAAUGCAGGUAUUGCAACUGCCAAAGGUAUCGGAUCAGGAUCGAAAGCCAUUGGAAAAGCAGGGGUGCGUACCUACAAAAACCAUGAGGCCAAAAGAAAAGGAUUACCUCCACCAACUCAUGAAAGCAGUGGUGGAAGCGCUGAUAACGAUGAUAGUUCCGAAAGAAAAAGUUACUCAAAGCCUCUCCCGAGAAAUGACAAUGUUGAUUUGGGAGCUUAUGCUCCUCCUCCAAAGAGAAAUGUUGGUACAUUCGGUCCAGGUAGCGGUAACUAUAGAUCACCUCCACAACAGACGAAUAUUCAACCUGUUCAACAGCCGGCUCCAACCCAGUCAAUUACUGCACAACCUGUUCAACAGCCGGCUUCAACCCAGUCAAUUCCUGCACAACCUGUUCUUCCUCCUAGGUCGAAUGCUCCUCCUCAAACUUCAGAGCCCGAGCCAGCACCUGCCUAUACACCAGUAGCUGAACCAGAACCACCAGUACCUUCAGGUGGAUAUAGAAGGGCCCCAGCUCCCUUGCCACCAACCGCUCCUCAGUCAGCCCCAGAACAACCGUCAUAUCCAGCUCAGCCAAUUGCCAGCCAGGCAGUUCCUCCCAGUACUGGUACCGUAUCCCCACCACCGAGACAAACCACUCCCUUAUCCAAAGAGAGUUUGAAUAGUUUUGCUCCACCGCCUAUUCACAAAGAUAGAGGUUCCGGAUCCAGUUCACCGAGCCAGAUCAGUAGACAGAACUCUAAUGUCUCCCAGAUAAGACCUUCACCAGGUUAUCUGAUGCCCGCACCUGAUGCGACCAGCUCUAAUCAACCUUCGGCUCCAUCUGAAUUUGUUGCUGAGGAGUCCGGGAGAAAGCCACUUAAAGUUACUGGUAUUGACUUGUCCAAAGCUGGCCCACCUCCACCUAAGUAUAAUGGCCCAGCUUUGAAGUCAAACGAAAACAAACCAAGGCCUUCAUCCUCACAUAUUGCCUCUUCUCCUCCUCCAACCAUGCCUUCAAGACCAUCUGUAGGUCUGGCAGAAACUCCUCCUCCUUUGCCAUCUAGAAGGUCUGAUUCUACAGUGCCUAGGGAGUCUACUCCCCGAUUACCUACUCGUCCCAGCAACUCACUGAUUGACACUAAUCAAUCGCUUAAUAAACCGAAAAAAGCACCUCCUGCCAAACCAGUUAAGAAACCAAUAAAGCUUGCCCAAAGCAACCCACCUCCAUACACAGAAGAAGAUAACGGUGAAAAUGUUCCAACUCCUUUAAGACCAUCGAGCUUUAGUCAACCUACCUCCCACAAUUUCGCCGAAGAAAUAUCAUUAAGAAAAGUGAAUAAAGCUUCUCCUGAACCGGAAAACGAAACCGUGGUUCUUCCUUCAAAACCAUCUGAUUUGAAAAAAACACCGGCAAAACCAGCACCCAAGCCUAAGCCCAAAUUGUUUGGAUUUGAUCAGAACACCAAUACCGAAACAGCUGAAUUGAAUGUUGCUUCUUUAAGAGACAAACUUAAGAAAGUUGACUUACCGAAGAACGAACCUCUGCAGAAUGAAGUUUCUGAGCAUGACAUCACGAAAAGUGAAGAGCCAAAGAAAGCUCCACCGGUGACUAAACCUAAACCCCAGAUAAAACCUAAGCCAUCCAUAGUACCAACCGCUUCAAGCUCCCCUUCUAGAAAUGUGUCUCCUUCAAGAAGUGCUCCACCACCACCGCCACCUCGUAGUAAUUCGACUACUCCUCAACAGACAACACAGGCUCCUCCACCACCACCUUCUAGAAAUUAUAACAGAAGUAAGGCAGUGACACCUGAAGUUAGCAAUCAACCUCCACAGAUUGACCUCGAACUUCCUAGUGGCUGGUUUGCUAAUACUAGUGGCCCUCUUCAACUCCCUAGCUCAUUAAAUGGUCUCAACUAUUCGACUAACAUUAGAUAUAGUACUCGGUCCUCACCAAUUGGUACUGUAACAUCUUACACAAGAGGAGUUAACAUUCAAUUCAAAGAUUUGUCGAGAGCUGAAUACGAGUUUACGUGGGAAAAUGACAAGAUAGAUAAUGUGAAUGUUGAAUUGAAAAACUUUACGCCAUCUCCAAUCUCUCAUAAUAUUCCAACGAAAUCUCAACUAUUGGAAUACCACAAUCAAUUCAGCGAAUAUGUUGCCUCUUGGGCCGAACAUAAACUAAAUCAACAAGUUGGUUCCGGUGAGUGCUGGGAUCUAGCCCAUGAAGCAUUAUUGAAAGGUUGCGGUAAGCAUGCCUUUGUUUCAACAUACACCCAUCAUGGUUUCCCAAUCUUAAACAUCCAAGGCUCACCAGCAGGAUUACAACUCCUUACUGAAACAUUUGACGAGGUUCGUAGAGGUGAUGUCUUACAGUUCUUUGCAGCCAAAUUUGAAAAUAAGGCUUCCGGCUCUACCCUGUUUGCCGGAGCACCAGAUCAUACUGCAAUCGUAGUGGAAAAUACUGGUGACAAGCUCAUUGUACUUGAGCAAAAUGUUGGUGGCGUAAGAAAGGUUUGCCAAGGAUCCUAUACAAUCAGGGAUAUCACUUCAGGAUCUAUCGCCGCUUAUAGACCUGUUCCAGUUUCAUGGGCAGAAAAAAAAUAGCUAACUCAAUAAGACAUAAUAUACAUUUUUU